UUUUGGCAGACGCCAUCGUGGAAAGAAGCGUUGAUGCCGGUUAGUCACUGGUGUUUAUUUUCUUAAUUUUUCCCUUCAUUUUUGCCAUAAACACGGAAAACAGUAUUAUCGCAACUCCUUUUACAUAAUUUCACCAAAAACUCCAAGUAGUAAACCAUGAGUUACUACAAGCCGAGUUAUAGUCAAACAGCGGCCAUGACACGUGGUCGUGGUUAUUCUCCACGUGGCUACCGUGGGGGUUCGGGAAGAGGAGGUUCAUGGGGUGGAGGACGAGGAGGCUAUCAUAGCCGAGGGGGCGGUGGCAGGAACUUUGAUUCGUCAUUUUCAGACUCUUUUGACUCCAGGUCCAAGUAUGGGGGCUCCAAUGAGCGGUAUUCCGGACAUUCCAGCUCCAGGGGACAUGGCGGUCACGACGAUUUUCGCAAGCCAUAUCGGAUGGAUUCAAGUUACUCUGGACGUGAUAGUGGUCAUCGCUCUCCUGAUCGCAAGAGACCUAGAAACGAGGCCCCUAGUUCACGUCACGAUAGUUCUUAUGGUGGUUAUGGAUCAAGCACGGGUCGUUAUGAUUCAAGUUAUUCAGAACGAAGAAGUUUUUCGAGUGACCGACAUCCUGCAUCGUUUUCACGAAGAGAUGACUUUCGUAGACCGUCUGGUCCUCCAAGAGGAGGAUACAGAGGACGUAUCAGUUCUAGAGGCUCACGGGGCCUGAAGCUUAGAGAUCGUCCAACACGAAGACGCCUCAUUGACAGUUCAUAUGCCGUGCGUAAACGAAUUAUACCUUCACGUACAUCAGACUACGCCAGGAGACUUAAAAUUUCCAAAAUGAGGAGCGCAAUAGCCGCUCGUAAGAAACGAGCAAGUGACAAAGAAGAUUCCGACGAGGAAAAAGAAGAAAAAGACGAAGAUGAGAAAAACGAGGAAGAAGAUGAAGAAGACAAGCAAGAUAACAAUGAAGGUGCAGAAGAGGAAAAGAAACCUACUAUUAAAGAAGAACUUUCCGAUAAGGAAGACAAGGGUGAACCGGGGGAUGAACCCACGAUGCGCAAAACUUUUAUCAAAUUAAAUUGUCCUCAUUGUGGGAUUAAGGCUGUCACUUUCAGAAAGUACGAUUUGCACUUGCAGAGUCGAACUCAUAUGAUGGCGAUGAGGAAAGUUGCAAUUAAGCAAAAAUCGAUUCUUGCUCAGAUGAGACAAGCACAGAGGAAUGCUCAGAAUGAGUUGGAGAAAACGAGCGAUGAUUUAGCACCGAGGACUAAUUUCUGCCCGUUGUGCAAACUUAAUUAUAAGCAACGUAAGGCUGUUCAUCAAAAUUCCGAUGCGCAUAAAAAUAUGAAAAAGUUUUUGAUGCCAUACUGUAAAUUGUGUAGUAUCACAUUUAAGAGUCCUAUGAUGUAUGAGAGUCAUUGCUGUUCGAUUGAACAUUUGAAGAGAAAACAACGCGUCGAAAAUGGAGAAAACAGUGAUGAAUUUGAUGAUGAGGCCAACCUUGAAAACUUUACAACAAUUGAUUCAGUUGGUAAUGAUGGUGACGUGUCUGAAGAUGAUGAGAAAAAAGACAUAAAUAAGGAACCUGUGAAUGUGGGAAUCGAACAGAUUCGAAAAGUAGAGGCUUAUUAUUGUGAUCUUUGUAAAAUGUACGUGGGUCGCGGUAGCGACGAAAUGAUUACCCCAAUUUUGGCAAGACAUUGCAAGCAACGAACACACAUGCAAAGGUACAUCCGUUACAAAGAAGAUAAAGAUCUGGAAAAACGUGCGGAGAAGUUACAACGAAAGGAAACAGCAGAGAAGGAAGGUAAAGAGAAACAAGUUAAGGAAAAUACUGACGAAUCUACGCCGGUAAAAAAAGAUGAACCAGAGACUGAAAAAGAUGAUGAAGCGGCUAAUAAAGCUCUAGACGAUGAAGAAGCCAGAGACGAUAAACUUUGGGCAGAUGUCGACAAAGAUCUAGACGAUAUUCUGGCUAAAGAAGGAACGAAAAGUUCAGAUGAAGACGAGGACGUAAACGGAGAACGUUACGAUAGUUGCAGAUUUAAAUACAGUGAAAAGAACGGCGAUGAAAAAGUUGACAAGGAAGGUGAAGGAGGUGAAGCCGUCGCUGUCGAAGUGAAAGUUAAUGAAGUCGCAGCUGAAAAGUAAUUUCCAGUUUUUAUAGUGAUGUAACGUUUGAUCGUAUUAUGAAGUGACUGUUUAAUUUUUAUGUGGGAAUUUCUUUGUUUGACAAAUGUAACUAUCAUAAAGUUUUGUUUAAAGUUUAAUUUUAAUUAUUUUGCAUAACAUGUAUCUAAAAACUAUCGUUAGGGAUAUUUACACACUUUCAUAGUUUUAGAAAUGAAUCAAUUUCAAGACUUGACUAUCAAGAUGUGAAGCGUAGUGAUAUUCUACAUACCAUUAAAUAAAAAGAAAAAAAAUU